UCUAACAGGAUUUCCUCUUACGCAACCAUACAUAAAAAUAUUCCACUUUUCAUUUUAGCCUCAUCCUUAGUUUCUUUUUCAUUUUCUUCGCACGACUCGGCGUGGCACGGACACACGAGGGAUUCCGCCGGGUGGUAGCUUUUCCCUCUUCAUGUUCUAAGAUUGUCACUAACUGAAAGCCAAAGCAGAGCUGAAGAUGUCUUGUCUCAUCAUUCCUCGCUCAAGUGUCUGCCACAUUCUGAGGAAAUGCAUCAACAAUCAGUACACACACAAGAGCCACUUGCUGCCAGCGGUGGGCGCCGGCGGCGUCCGAGCGCUGUCCUGUAGCUCCGCUCUGCGCGCCGGGCCGACGCCCCCGGGCGGUGGCAAGAAGGUGUUCCAGAGAGACAAGCCGCACGUGAACAUCGGCACCAUCGGCCACGUGGACCAUGGCAAGACCACGCUCACCGCCGCCAUCACAAAGAUCCUCUCGUCAAAAGGUAGCGCCCAGGCCAAGAAGUACGAUGAGAUCGACAACGCGCCGGAGGAGAAGGCGCGAGGCAUCACCAUCAACGCUGCGCACAUUGAGUACGCGACGGACGCGCGGCACUACUCGCACACAGACUGUCCCGGCCACGCCGACUACAUCAAGAACAUGAUCACGGGCACGUCGCAGAUGGAGGGCGCGGUCCUGGUGGUGGCCGCCACCGACGGUGUCAUGCCUCAGACACAGGAGCACAUGCUGCUCGCCAAACAGAUCGGCAUCGAGAAAAUGGUCGUCUUCAUCAACAAGGUGGACGCCGCUGACGAGGAGAUGGUCGAACUCGUCGAAAUGGAGAUCCGAGAGCUGCUCGACAAGAUGGGCUACGACGGCGAGGGCACGCCCGUCAUCAAGGGCUCGGCGCUGUGCGCGCUCGAGGAGAAGAGCCCCGAGAUCGGCCAGCAGGCCAUCGAGCAGCUGAUGUCCGCCAUCGACACGUACAUCCCCACACCGGAGCGAGCGCUCGACAAGCCGUUCAUGAUGCCCGUGGAGGGUGUGUACACCAUCACCGGGCGGGGCACGGUGGUCACCGGACGCCUGGAGCGCGGCACCGUCAAGAAGGGUACCGAGUGCGAGUUCUUCGGCUACAACAAGCAGACCAAGACGACCAUCACGGGUAUCGAGAUGUUCCACCAGACCCUGGAGGUGGCGCACGCCGGCGACCAGCUGGGCGCACUGGUGCGCGGUGUCAAACGAGACGAUAUCAGGCGAGGCAUGGUGAUGUGCAAGCCGGGCACGAUGAAGGCGCACGACAACGUCAAGGCGCAGGUGUACGUGCUGAAAAAGGACGAGGGCGGCCGCGCGCGGCCCUUCACCUCCUUCAUCCAGCUACAGAUGUUCAGCAAGACCUGGGACUGCGCCGCUCAGGUGGUGGUGAACGAUAAGGAGAUGGCGAUGCCCGGCGAGGACGCUGCCCUCUCCCUCCGCAUGCACCGGCCAAUGGUGCUGGAGAAGGGCCAGCGGUUCACCCUCCGUGACGGCAACACCACACUGGGCACGGGCGUCAUCACGGAGGUGCUGCCCAACAUGAACCCCGACGAGGUGGCCACUCUCCAGGAGGGAAAGAAGAAGCGCGCCAAGCGGCUCGGUCUCAGUACCUCAGAGUGAUGGCGCGUGGGUCUCGGUGAGAACAGGACAGGCCGCCGACGGGCCGGACGAACUGAGAGUGAGCGUCUCCGGUGUCUACUGUGUGGUCUGUGCUCUUUGUGGUCGUGUGAGUGUGGUGGUGCUACGUUGCGAUGACGUGUGUCGCUGAUGACGUGGUGACGACGUCACUGUGUGAUUACGUCACCGGCGGAGGAGGCGGCAGUUCCGGCGGGACACCGUUCCGAGCGCAGGGUGGCGGUCGGCGCGGGCCCUGAGGCGCAGUCCUGCGACCCGCCGCCGGCUGUUGCCCGGCUGACCAGCGCUCGUCGGCUGCCCGCCGCCCGACAGACUAGUGUGAUACAAUAUAUGCUGGAUCCUU